GGUCGCACCAGGAAAAUGCAACCUUUAAUAGGAUUUCAUACAGUGUGACAAAUGCUAAAUUCCUCCAUUUUGAGCUUCAUUAACUGGUAAAUUUUUUUUACCGCCCUUAGCAAAAUGUAGAACUUGUCCACUAGACGAGAUUUGCAUCCCACUGAGCAAAUGUGAACCUCUUAUGGAGCUUCUAAAUCGCCGGAAUAUGACAAACCAUGAGCAAUCAAAGUUCCGAAACAAACUAUGCAAAAUUGAUCAUUUUGCCCAUGAGCUAGUGCACAUGGUUUUCACCUGCUGCCCAAUGGUUGCUGGGGUUAAACUACCAAAUAGCAAUGUCUGCGGACAGAGUCCCCCGUCGUUAUAUAUCGUAGGUGGCAUGGAGGCACAGCCCAACCAGUUUCCCUGGACAGUCCUGCUGGGUUACAAUGCCUACUCAGCAGAGCGCCGCGGGCUGUCUCCCAUGUGUGCGGGCUCCUUGAUUGCCAGUCGCUAUGUGCUGACGGCAGCCCAUUGUUUGUUCGUGAAAGACUUCUAUGUGGCCAGUGUGCGCCUGGGCGAGCAUGACACCGAUAACGAUCCCGACUGCACCCGACUGCCGAAUGGAGCCAAGAAAUGCGCUCCAGCUUACGUGGACAUCGAUGUGGAUCUGAGGGUACCGCACGAGCAGUACUACAAGAGAAAUGAAAUCCACUACAACGACAUUGCUCUGUUGCGUCUGAAGAGUCGGGUGAAAUACACCCUUCAGAUCAGACCCAUUUGCAUUUGGCCUGGCAUUGAAUUGUCAAAUUCCUUCUUCGAAAACCAACCUUUUCAAAUUGCCGGCUGGGGCGAUUUUGGCCAGCAGCACUACAGCCCCGUACUGUUGCAAGGCACUAUCAGUGGAAUGAGUCCGGAUGAGUGCUUGAAUCGGUAUCCCACACUACGAGUCGAUAAGGACAUCCAUAUAUGUGCCAUGGGACGGGAUGGCACCGACACCGGACUGGGCGAUUCCGGUAGCCCGCUGAUGGCAUCGGUGGGCAGGGGUGCUGGUCAAUUUUAUUACUUAGCCGGAAUAACCUCCUACGGAGGGGGCCCCUCCAGUUACGGAUUUGGGCCAGCGGUUUACACGAAAACUUCCUCAUAUUAUGAGUGGAUAAAGAAGAAAAUGAAUAAGAUCGCUGAAGAUGAACUUAAAAUUAAGCAGAAAUCGGUAAAAAUACUAAUUUAA